AUGCUGCUUGACGGCGGCGGCGCCGGCGGCGGCGGCGGCAGGCAGCGACGGGGGCCUGCAGUUAAUGCAACUGAUGUCGCCAACACAGCAUGGGGCCUCGCGCGGCUGCACAUCGCUCUCACGCGCUGCAGCAGAGGCGGCAGCGGUGGCCCGGGCGCGGGCGGCUCGGACGGGGGCGGCGGCGGCGAAGUAGCGGGCGGCGGCGGCGGCGGCGGCGGGGAGCUGGAGCGGCUGCUCGCCAGCGACGGCCUGUGGGGCGCGUUGGAGGACGCGUGUGUUGCGCAGCUGCCCCAGGCGGGCCCGCGGGAGCUGGCCGCAAUGCUGUGGGCCUUUGCGGCCGCGCGGCGCCCCGCGGCGCGGCUGCUCGCCGCGGCGGCGCCGCAGCUGCAUCGCGUGGGCGUAUGCGAAGCAGGGCUGCAAGUGCGGCGGCGACAGCAGCAGCAACAGCAGCAGCAGCAGCAGCAGCAGCAGCAGCAGCAGCAGCAGCAGCAGCAGCAGCAGCAGCAGCAGCAGCAGCAGCAGCAGCAGCAGCAGCAGCAGCAGCAGCAACAGAGGCGGCAGCAGCAGGGGCAAGCCCCCAGCAGCGGCGGCGCAGCACCGCCGGGCGGCGCGGUGCCGCCGGGCGUUGUGCAAGCCGUCUUCGACUGCCUGGCGCGCCGCGCGGCGGUCAACGCGCCCAACUUCCGCGCCCAGGCCCUGGCCGUGACGCUCUGGGCCAUGGCCGCCGUCGGCCACCGCGGCGCCGCCGCGGCGCCCGCCGCGGCGGCGAUGGCGGCCGUCGCCGAGCUGCGCCACUGGAAGUUCAGCGGCCACGGCAUCUCGCUGUUGGCGGGCGCCGCGCCGGCGCUGGGGCUGCUGGAUCUGCGGCCGGGGUUGGGCGGGGCGCUCAUGAGGGAGGCGCUGUUCAAAAUGGAAGAGCUGCGGCCGCUGGGCGUGGCGCGCGUGCUGCGCUUCUUCGCGGAGGAGCGGCGGCUGCGGGCGGCGCGGCGGCGGCGCGGGGACGCGCUGCAGCAAGAGCAGUCGCGGCAGCAGCAGGACGGGCAGCGGCGGGGCGCGGGGCCGCACGCGGUCCCGCGGGUGCUCGCUCCGGCGGCGCCCGCUGGCGUCCCGGCGUCGCGGGCGGAGGCGGCGGCGGCGGCCGCCGCCGCUGCGGUGCUGGCAGCAGAUGCCGGCGCUCGCGUGGCGGAGGGGCCGCGCGUCCCCAGCAGCGGCGGUGUGGGCGCCGGUGGCAGCGGAGGAGGGGCGCUCUCGCCAGAGCAGCUAGCCCGCGUGGCGUGGGCGGCCGCGGCAUCCGCAGGGACGGCGGAGGCGCCAAGCCUGCGGUCGCCGCUGCUGCUGCUGCUGCACGCCGCCUGGCGAGGCGCGCAGACGAUCGAGCUCCUUGCGCUGCUGACGGCCGCGCCCGGCGGCCCCUGCGGCGCCGCCGGCGUCUGCGGCGCCGACCUCUCGCGCGCGGCCGCGCAGCAGCUGCGCGCCCGUCUGCCCGCCGCGGCCGGCCCGCAGCUCGCCGCGGCGGUGCGGCUGGGGUGCUCCCUGCGGGCCGGCGGUGGUGGCGGCGAGGGGCUGGCGAGGGCCGCGGCGAAGCUGCUGGUGGGGCGGGCUGCAGAGUGCUCCUCCCAGGAUCUCCUCAUUGCAGCUUCCACACUGGCCGGCCCGCCCGCGGACGCCCACGCCGGCGGCUUGCAAGACGUGGCGCCGCUCGUCGACGCGCUUUUGGGCGCCGCCGAGAGGCAGCAGCAGCAGCAGCAGGGCGGCGACCCCGCCCUCGCAGCAGCGCUGCGCGCGCCGCGACGCGCGCUCGCGCCGCUGCUGCUGGCCGGCGGGCCGGGCGCAGGAACGGCGGCGGCUGGCGCGCGUGAGGCGGUGCUGCGGCUGCUGGCAGAUGCAGGGGGCGCCCUAAGAGCGGCGGAGGCCGCGGAAUGGCCAACCUUGGAGCUGUCCUCACACUUCGCACAAUCGGGCAACGAGCAGCUUUGGCAGCACCAGCAGCAGCAGCAGCAGCAGCAGCAGAACCUGCAUCUGCCACAGCAGCAGCACUGGCCGCAGCAGCAGCUAUGGGAGCAGGCAGUGAUCCAAGGGAUAAACGCACUCCCGUCUGCAGCUCCCCUUGCGGCAGCAGCAGCAACAGCGACGACGCCCGUGGUGGCGGCGGCAGCAGCCGCGAUACCAGGGCCCGAGCUCACAGCUGACGCGAGCGGCAGCGGCGGCGAUUGCGCCGGCAGCAGCGAAGGUGCGGGCGUUUACAGCAGCGCGAACGGCAGCAGGGGCGGCGCCGCCAUCCUGCGCGUCUCUGGCAUCAAUGGCACUCGGGUGAUUGCGCUGGGCGCCGAACAGGGGCAGGCCACUGCCGGCGCCCUGUGA